AUGACAAUUGAAGGAAGUGCGGUCACUUAUACCGAAUAUGGCUCUGAUAUCCCCAAAUUAUUGGGCACCACCAAUUUCAAAAUCAACCCCGAUGAAAUCAAACCGGAUCAAGUUGUAAUUAAAGCAUUGGCAACACCAUUGAACCCAGCCGAUUUAAUGCAACUUCGUGGUGGAUAUAAUGAAAGUCCUGAAAUUCAAUUGGGUACUGAACCAAAUGGACCUUUACAUGUUGGUGGUAAUGAAGGUGUUUAUAAAGUAGUCAAGGCAGGAUCAGGAUCCAAUGCCUCACAACUCAAAGAGGGAGAUUUGGUUAUUCCCAAGCUACCUUCAUUUGGUACUUGGAGAAGUUAUGCCAUUGCCGAUGCCGACAAUUUGAUUAUUGUCAAUGGCUUGUCAGUGGAUCAAGCAGCAACUAUAUCCAUCAACCCAGCAACUGCUUAUCAAUUGUUAAACAACUAUAUUUCUGAUUGGCAAAAAGGUGAUUAUGUUAUUCAAAAUCUGGGUACUUCUCAAGUCUCGAGGUACGUUUCACAAAUUGCCAAACUAUAUGAUGUCAAAACUAUUUCUGUAGUUCGUGAUGGUAAACCACAACAGGAGAUUGAUGAAUUAAAAAAAUAUGGUGCAGAACAUGUCAUUUCUCACCUGGAGUUUAAUGAUGAAAACUUCGAUAUCACGAAAUACACCAAUGGAGCCAAUGUCCGUUUAGCUCUUAAUGGAUCUUGUGACUCAACCGUGGCUAAUUUGGUAAAGAGCUUGUCAACCAAGGGACAGUUGGUUAGUUAUGGGUUCUUGGGAGGUGCAGAGAUUAGGUACAGUGCUAGAGAACAAUUUGCCAAAGAUUUGGUUACGAGAAGGUACUGGUUGACUGCCAAUACUGUUGCUGAUCCUCAAGGUAAAGUUGACACCAUCAAGCAUUUGAUUGAAUUGUACAAGACCGGUAAGAUUCAAGAUGUUCCUUAUAACAAGUUGCGUUAUAAGCAAGGCAGUAAAGAGGAAAUAUCUAAAGUGUUGUUGCAAGGAUUAUCAAAUUUCAAAGAUGGUAAAGGUAAACAAGUGUUGUUUUAUGAGUAA